GAAGAAUUCUUAGCCAAAAACGCGUGUCACGGCAGGCAUAAUUUUGCGUUCAUGAUUUAAAAAUAAACUUUCUAAAUGGUCAUUCUGUUUCUUUACAUUUUUUGGCAACUAAAGAUAAACAUAGCAUAACACGAUAUAAGGAAAUGCAGAAAAUUAUUGUUCUUAAAUUCGUAUCUCCCCUCUUUUACUCUUCCGACGACGAAGUAAACAAAAGCAGAAAAUCAUAGAAGAACAAGAAUCCGGCUUUCGUUUCUGUCCCGGCUGUCCUCCCCAGGACACAGGCACGCAGGUUUGACAGGGACGAGACGAUUAGAAACAACACUCGAGGCGUCCCGGGCGUCCGCUGCAGUAUUUAUUUGUGCUCUAAAGAAUAGAUCAAGAUGGACAGCCACAACAACUUUGCAAACAUGGUUCUUAAGCAAGACGCAACUCGAGGACUUAUUGCUGCAGCACAAGUUUUGCACUCAAAGGUUUUCAACCUUGUUCCUCUGCAGGAGCUGUGCAUGAGAACCAUUGCUGUGAAUCUGCCGAAAUUCGCGGCAGUCCCUCAGUUGAUUGACUGCCUGCCUCCAAGAUUGAAGUCGGAUAUUUUACACAAUUUGCAAGUUAUGGCGAGCUAUAAACAAUCUAAUGAUUCUCUUUUUUAUGUGGAAAGAGCAGUGCAGGUUCCAGCUAGGGGAAAUUCCUCUUCUUCUUUAAAGUUAAAGAAAAGAGAAUCAGGUUGCAGUGCCCCAAAUGCUGUGAUUCCUUCAAGUAUCCUCCUGCGGCUGAUCAACUCCACCCUGACCAAGUUUGACUUUACCCUCUGUGGUAUAAGUCAACAGCUUUUCAAAUCCAAUGGAUUGGAUAAGCAAAUAUUGCAAUUGUUUGCUGAAAACCCUGAGGGCAUCACGAGCAUUGUUGACCAGCGCAUUUUGAGAUACGCAGGCCGCGAUAUUCCACUCCCUGCUGGCAGCUGCAUCAUUGAAUACCUGGAGAAACUUACCAACCUGAAGCACCUUGACCUGCCCACCAAGUUCAAUGAUGUUCUCUCCAACUUGCAGAUGACCUGGAGAGGCUUAGUAAAGGUUGCCGCCAGUUGAAAAGUGUGAAUCUGGGUUAUUCUACAGCCCUGACCAUCAAAGGACUGCAAAUUUUGAGUAUACUCUCCCGCAUUUGGAGAAAAUUACCGUGAGUCCUUUUUCAAGGGGAUCAACUAAACACUCGAACUUUGAUUACCAAGAUGCUAUCAAUUUGAUCCCUCAUACCUCAAGGAAAUUGAUUUGGAAACCCCCUUUCACUUUGACUACCUGGACAUUCGAGGACGAACCUACGGCUUUGAGAGAUUCCACACAUUACUUGAUGGCUGUACUGAUCAACUUCCAACUUGUCUGCCUAAUUUAAAGGAAGUUAAAAUCAGUGAUGCAGAACUGCAGUUUCAUGGUUCAAGUUAUACCUUUGAUGAUGUUGUUCCCUCACCCAUCAUCCUCAUCCAACUGCCACUCUUAACUGCUCUCACCGUGAAUGACAACGUGAAUUCUGGCGAAGUUGCCCGGAGCUAUUUAGACCGAGCUGACUUUGUCCUGUCUGGCCUUAAUGUGAGACUCACUCGCCUUACCCUCCAGUGUAGUGUAGGUGACAUGGACUUGUUUGGAAUUGUCCUCCUCUGCCCCAACCUAGUGUUCUUGGAGGUUGAUGGCGUCUUCAAUCAAAAUUUCCAGACUGACUCCAACAACAUCAACCCACAACUUCUGAAGCUUGAGGAGCUGCGGCUCGAAUGCACUAGUAUAGCUCAAGCCAGCAAUCAAGCCAAUUUUUUCAAGCUUCUCUUAGCACCCAGGUUGCACACCGUACGCCUCAUAGAUGUCUUCAUCUCUCCAGAAGACAGUGUGGAACCAUUUUUGCAGAACCUUGUUCACUUUGAUUCCAGUUGUAAAUUUGCUCUGCCGGCUCGGCUGCCAUUGCCUGAGGUGUACGUUCGACAUGUCACAUUCUUGAAGAACAUUGUUUUGAACUGUCCUAAGUUGGAAACCUCAAAGUUUUAUGUGCGCAUCAUGAAGUCUUCAUUCUGGCCAACUUUGAGGAUAACUCCUUGCUGUCAUCCACUCUGGACAUUGAACUAAUGGAUGUCUCGCCCAAAUUCCGCUGUAAUUUUUCUGUUAAAUGUUCCCUUUAAUCAUUUCCUUAUCCUGCAGUGCACUUUUUAGCAGACACAUAAUAUUUGCAUUUUUGAGCAGAACACAGUUGCUCUGGGGUUCAACAGUGUCUCUGAAUAGCAAAAAAUUGCAUUGCAGCUCUCGUAUUAAAAAUGUUUUAAAUAUGUUUUGCGGUCUUGCCAUCCCAUUAAUAUCUAAUUAAUUUGAUUUUAUCUCAAGAGAACUGAUAUAUUGUUUGCGCAUUUAAUUGCCAUCUUGGUGAACUCCAGCAAAAUGUGUGUUAAAAAUUUGAUAUAAAAGACUGCGAUCAGAUGUUGUGAUGGUUCUAUAAUUUAAAAAUAAGUUUUGUGAUUGGCUAGAUGAGUCUCAGCAAGAGAAAUAUUUGGAUGUCAAAGAAUCCAACAAUUUUAUUUUUAAUAAAGGCUUCAAGUGGUCCCUCCACCUCCAACUUUAAAAACCAUGUGGAUUUUGUUCUAAAGUAUAAGUGAUGUAAUUCUUUUUGUGUCAAGAAUUAUUGAAUAAAUAAAACAAU